UUUGGUAGUCAAUCUGCAGGUUGAGGAUCUGGAGGAACAGAUGGAGGAACUGCAACAAACCCUUGCAGAUAAGAAAGAGCAGGAGAAUGCAAUGCAUCAGGUUCUGAUGCAAUUUCAACAAGAGCAGAAGAUAACUGAAGAGGCUCGGAUUGCUGCAGAGCAAGAUGCAGCUGCUCAAAAGUAUGCAGCACACAUUCUUCAGGAAAAGUAUGAAAAGGCCAUGGCAUCCCUUGCUCAGAUGGAGAAGAGAGCUGUCAUGGCAGAAUCAAUGCUGGAGGCAACCAUGCAAUAUGAAUCUGGCCAAGUCAAAGCUUUAGCUUCUCCAGGGGGAAGACCUGAGUCUCCAAGGAAUGCACCAGCGAAAAAGAUCAGUCUACUGUCAUUUGGGCUUGGGUGGCGAGAUAGGAACAAGGGAAAGCCGCCAAUUGAUCUUCCAUCAUCCAUGGAAAGUAAACCUACUGCUGAAGGACAGGACACGAGCAGUAGUCAACUUCAGAAUGGGCUUCAAGACGAUGACAAAGAUACUGCUAAAGAUUGAAUGCUUGAAUCAGAACAACAUCCAGACCCCUAUUAUUGGCAGGUAGCUAUCGAAACACAUCAUCUCCAGUGUUGAAUAUCUGUCCCAUUUCAUCUUCUUUUUUUUUUUUUUUUUUUUUUUUUGUAUCCCCCUACUCUGUACAGUAGAGAUUUUUAAAAUGAAGAUUAGACAUACAGCUAUUUAAAACCAUAUGCAUAUUGGCCAAAUUGUAAAAAAAUUAUUUAUUUGAUUCUGAA